AUUUGAGAGUAACAUUAAACUUGUUUAUGUGUUAAAGACCGCUGUGUUCAUGCUUACUCGUCAAACUAUUCAUAAUGUCCGGCACUGAAGAGUUUUGGCUGCCAUAGAUGUGAACAUACUCAAUCAUAUUGAAAUAAAAUUGGCUAAAGAAGGGACAACCUCUUUGUGGAUUUACUAUGGCUGAAGCUGAGAAUCAGGAUCAACCACCGAGAUCGAGUGUUUCCCCCUCACAGUUAGCAGAGCGUGAUCAGAAAAACGCGGUAAUAACAUCAAAGAUGAACGAUGAACAGGAAGGGUGUAUGAGGUCAGACACAGAGACCGCUCCAAGUACAGACGUACAGGUGUUCAGUAUUCCUCAAAUACCUAUACAGACCACGCAUCUAAACUUAACAAUUGAAAAGCAAAUAUCAGAGAAAACCUUUUUAGAUGGUGUACUUAAAGGAUUCAAGUUCCUGAGAGAAGAUGAUUCGAUGUGUGACGUCACACUGGUUGUUCAGGGAAUGAAGUUCAAAUGUCAUAAAGUGAUUCUUGCCACCUUUUCAGACUAUUUCCGGACCCUAUUUACAAUAGAAAUGAAAGAAGCGCGACAAGAAGAGAUUCAGCUGGCUAGUUUUAGGAGCGAAACUAUUCGAAAGAUGAUCAUGUAUAUCUACAGAGGUUAUGACGAGUUCACCGCUAGUAACGCCAGAGAAUUGUUGGAGGCUGCUAUAUUUUUCAGAGUUGACUCCCUUAGAUAUAUGUGCGAAACGGCGCUUUCAUCAGUGUUAGAUGUUCAAAAUGUAAUAGCCAUUUGGCGAACUGCCAAACGUUUCCCGGAAUGCAAUGCCCUACGCCAAACAUGUGAGGAAUACUUGCUGCUUUAUUUCGAUCGUCUUAAAGAAGACGACAUAAGGUGCCUGGAUAAAGAGGAGCUGGUAUUUCUCAUAUCUAAUCCUAAUCUGCUGGUAUCAAGCGAAGACAAGGUAUAUCAGGCUGCAAAGAUAUGGUUUGAGGAUGACGGAGACCUACGUAAACAGUACCUCGCCGAUGUAUUCCAGCAUAUUCGACAGCCAUUUAUAUCAAAGGAACUUUAUUCUGACUUCAUGAAUAAUUUUAGAUUCUUUGACGCACCUGCAAUUAAACCAUUCAUUGAAGAAGCAUUAAGAUAUCAAAGUCUUCCGAACUGUCGAAUGGAUGAAGUCUCAACCAGGACAACGCUUCGCCAGCACUACAACAUGGAAAAAGCUCUUUUACUUAUUGGGUUCAAUCAGAGGUUCACGUGCUGCAAUCCUUGUAUGUGGGCUUGGCGGUUUGACUGUAAGCGGUGGUACACACUGAGAUCGGCUCCAUUUAAGCUAGGUCAUGGUUAUGCCACUUGCCGAUUUGGGCAAAGUGAAAUUUACUUCUCCGGGGGUCAGGGAAGGCGGAUAUUUCAGAAAUUUGACGGACUGACUGACAAGAUAGUGUCAUGUACGAAGAUCAAAACUGCUCGAAUGAGUCACUGUAUGGUGUGUGUUCGCGACUCCAUAUAUAUUAUCGGUGGUAAUGGCUUCCAGUUCGAUAAGGAGGAUACCAUUCCAACAGAAGACAAAUUGGAGAGUGUUGAGGCCUGGAGACCAUCAGAGAACACGUGGAGACAUUGUGGUAGCAUUAUGGUACCGGUAUCCGGCGCGACUGCUUGCAAUUCAGGACGGCUGAUCUUGCUUUACGGAGGGUUCAGAGACGAACAGAAUAAGGAACCUUCAAACCUGGCACAGUUUUUUGACACAGAAACAAACACAGGAGGACACCUUUCGACAUAUCUACCUUUCAGCCACCAAAACUUACAAUCUGUGAAUAUUGGAGAUGUGGUCUAUAUCCUCACCAAGAACCACAUAUUUGAAAGCAAAGACGAGUUAGAGUACAUCAAUGUUCGCUCUCUAAGAGAAAAACACAAAUAUGCCGAUACUUUUAAACCUCCAACAAUGACAAAAGAUCUAACAAGUCUUUACAUUAUACAAGAAAGCUGCUACGGAACCAUACCGUUUCCUAUAGACAGAUCAUGGGAACUACAACGAUACAAUACAGGGACAAGAGCACUGGAAACAGUUUCCGACAAGAUUCAAUUUAUGAGGUCUGAAGGGUCUAUGCAUACAUUAGUAGUGUCAAAAUCUAUACUGCUUGAGAAGGGCAUUAUCACUACAGGUUCUCAAGGAUUUCUAACCCAACGAUGAUAUCGACACAAAAUGGUAUAUUAAGUUAGCGGUUUGGUACAUUUGUUACACCGGAAUAACAAUUAAGUAAGAUAUAGAUCAACUGAGAUUGUUUAAAUUAGCAAUAUAACCUUAAUGUGAGUUAACAGUAUUUGGAGCUAACAUUCAAAUGAAAACGUUAAAAAUCUUAAACGGUUAGCAAUUGUGUACAAACACGUACUUUGUAAAACGUACUGUAAAAAGGAAUGGUGACAUCGUCAGCAUACAUACCAUUUUCUCUCAGUCAGAAGGACAUUGUAUGGAUGUAAAACAGUGUUAUAUAAGUAAUACCACACGUCCGUUGUUAUGUGACGUCACAUAGUUUUUGUGCGGACUAAGACACGGUACAUAUAUAUAUGAAUAUAUGUUUUAGGUAAUCUAGUGGUAGGACGCCGGGCUCGU